UUUUUAUUGAACACUGAAUAUUGAAAAAUAAAUAACUCCAUGUCGUUUUUUGUCGAUAUCGUAACCGAGGAUUCUUUUUACGAUAAUCUCACGCUGGGGGUAGUGAAGAUUCUCGAAAGUUUUCCAUAUGUGAAAAAUGUCCGAGUCGAGCGUAGAAACGGAUGUGAAGCUACGGCCAUUACCAGCUGGGAGCAACGCCAUUGUUGUAUGCUCCCAGAGGACAUUAGAAACUUCUACGCCUCGAUCGACGGCUUCCUGCUUCAGUGGGAUCUCGAGAUAGCAGGUGAAGAAUUUCCUGUUGGACGUAUGGAAAUUGCCAGCCUUUCUUCUUUAAAACGCUAUUCGAAUAAUCAUAAAGAUUAUCAAGCAGAUUCCGCGAAGCCAGAAUCCUGUAGUGAUCCUCAUAAAUUGGACAAUGAAGUCACUUCCAGUAGCUCGAUUGAUCUCGAGAACACAAUUCCGAUGCAUAUGCGAGGGAAUGACCAUGAUUGCAAGAUGUUUGAAAUCGCAAGAUGCUUUCCAGAGAGUGGAAUGGCUAAGGUUUACUUGGUAUACCGCAUGAAACCGGAAGCAGAGUUGCCAACAAUAUGGUUACAUUCUGAAGAUACUAAUCAAUGGUGUCACUUGGCAGAUAAUUUUACUGUGUACUUUCGUAUGAUGCUGGUUCAUCUAGGUUUGCCAUUAUGGCAGUGUUGCCUGUCUGGCUUGUCUCUGCCUCCGUGGAUCGAACAGGUUUAUUUUCUCGUUGGUCCUCAUCUCCUUCCUUCCGCUGUCGAGCCCACAGAGACUAUUUCUACUUCCAUGUGGAACAACGGACCCACAAAUGUCAUUGACCCGGCUAUUUUUAAGGGAAGAGAAGGAAAGCAAAAAAGCUCCAAGAAAAAAUGA